UGAACGAAUCAGGUCAAAUAUUCCGAAGAUUUAAAUGCUGUAAUUACGGAUGAUGUACCAGCGUACCUUACCGGGGCAUUGGACGGAAGUAGCAGGAAUUGGCCAAGACCCUAGCUCACUACGUAGUAAAGGCUACCUUCCCAUGUCGGCGUUGUGGGCAUGUGGGGUGCAAUCAUUUGCGAGAGGGCCGUUCCUCCCUUGAAGUUCGUUCCAGCCCACCAAAUAGGAGAUUCCGUCAUUCUUUUUGGUGGAGUCCUAUCAAGUAUCCAGUUUUGCACUCAUCUCGAGUCCUGGUAAAUCACGACCCUCCACUUCUUCAAGUUUGUCUUGGCUUUUUCCAGGCCUAGCCUUCCUUUUCAUCACUCCUUUUCAUUCUUUUUAUUAUCUUUCACUAUCUCCUACAUAGAAGACGUCUGGUUCUUUUUCUGCCUACCGUUGGACCGAACGGGAUGCUGAGGAGACUAGGUUUGCGAAUCGCUUCAGGAUUAAUUUGCGAAGGAUAAUUCACCUACGCGUCUCGGUCGUUUCUCUCGUUUCUCCCAUUUCUCACCCAUUUCCUACCGUCGGGAUGGGUCCGAUUAAAAAUGCCUUGUCUUUAUUACCUUCUUUUCGUCUUCCAGGAUCCGGAUCCAAAGUUAAGUAUGAGGAAUUGCCUUCUCAUGACAUGAGCCAUGCCAGUUCACCUCUCGACGAGUCGCCUAUAUUAUUAGAUUCCCGACGCAAAGGAACACCUGCACCCCGUCGUCGAUUCGGAUUAAUAUUUCGUACAUCACCGAAGAGAUUGGUUAUCAUCACACUCACUGUUUUCCUCGCAUUCGUUUUAAUCGCAGGAGGAAGUUUUCGGGCGCGUCGCUACUAUGCAGAGAAGGAUAAGGCUGAUGAGAGAAUUCCUUAUCAUUGGGAAGCAUAUGACCGGUUGAAUGGUUUCUACAAUGGCGUUCGCACCCUUGUGAAUUACACAGACUGGGUUCCUGAGCAGCAAGCAGCACCAAAGACAAAGAUCAAGAUCAACAAGACUCCGCCUCUCGACCCUGUUGUUGUUAACCCUUAUCCUUUUGAGUCUGAAGAGUAUCUCGAUGUUCACCAAUCUCCUAAAAGAUGCUAUUUAGAUGAGAAUGAAGUGUAUGAGGCCCCCGAUGUUUUUGCCUAUCCUGGAAUCCCUGCCGGCAUGACAGCCCCAUACUGGGGAUCGUAUGAGAGCCUUCAAAUUGCGCCGGACAGGUGUUGGGAGCGGUUUGGUCGGUUUGGACCAUAUGGUUACAGUUACAAUCCUGCCGAAGGAGGACUUGGACUUGCAAACAAAUCAGCGCAUGCAGGAGCCGAAAAGGUCCAAGAGAUGUUCACCAAGAUCGACUACCGCGGUGUAAAUUGGGGCGAGGCGCAAAAGAGGUGUUUCAAGAAGAAUCAGGAACGGUUCAGCCCUGACUCAGUAAAUGCUGAUGGGACGCUGUUGAAAAAGAAGGUCAAGAGAUCAGCCUAUGUAUUGCGCACGUGGACGGGAUACCAGUACACCGACAUCCAACUUUUGUCGCUGCGAGCCAUGAUUAACGAAUUGUCUCUGAAAUCUGGUGGGGAGUAUGACGUGCAUCUCCUAGUUCACGUCAAGGACGAUUCGUUGCCGAUUUGGGCGUCCGAGGAGCUUUAUAACCAGACACUUAGGGCAAAUGUACCGGAGGAGUUCUGGGAUAUUACAACAUUGUGGUCGGAACAGUUGAUGCGGACUUACUAUCCUGGUCCAUUCCGUCCGGAAGACAAUGUCGAGAAUCAUUCGAAGGGUGACAUCCACGGCGUAUAUAGAAGUGCUCACUUUGCCUUACAGUGGUUCGCUCAGCAACACCAGGAAUAUGAUUUCUUUUGGAACUGGGAGAUGGAUUUAAGAUACACCGGCCAUUAUUACGAGUUCCACAAUGGUGUUUCUAACUGGGCGGCUGAGCAGCCGCGAAAGCUGUUGUGGGAGAGGAGCUCGCGAUUCUGGAUACCCGGUGCUCAUGGUCCUUGGUCCAAGUUCUCCGAGCUCGUCGAACGAGAGACUGCGGAAAGAAACGAGCAGCCAGUUUGGGGACCGGUGGAAUUCCCGACUGGUGGUUAUGAAAAACUCCCGUCUCCCGAAAAGAAUACGCCGCCGACGAAGUUCGAGGAAGAUGAUUACAAAUGGGGUGUUGGUGAAGAUGCGGACCUGAUUGUGUUCGAUCCGCUGUUUGACCCGGCAAAGACAAAUUGGGUGUUCCGCAACGAUGUAUCCGGUUACAAUACGUCUGUUGAAACGCCACCUCGCCGUGUAGCAAUCAUCACAGUUGCGCGACUCUCCAGAGAAUUGCUCAACACCAUGCAUGAAGAAACAUAUCGGCUGCACCACACUAUGUUUCCAGAGAUGUGGCCGCCGUCUGUUGCGCUUCACCACGGAUACAAAGCCGUCUAUGCUCCACAUCCAGUCUACUUCGACCGAAAAUGGCCGUUAGACAUCAUGGACAAGACCUUCAACUACCCGUCUGCACCGCACGAGAGCCCAUUCGGUUGGGGCGAACACAAUAUGCAAGGCGGUAGUUUCUACUACAACGCAGGUUUUAGCGGCGCACUCUGGCGACGGUGGCUGGGAGCUAAGGAGAAUGGCGAGGGCGGCAAGAAAACCGAGCAGUCCAAAUCAGACCGCAUGUGUCUCAGGGGAAUGCUAUUUCAUCCUAUCAAGUCCGAGAGUGUCGAGUAAGGUGUCGUUGAUAAUUGUCGUUGUCUGAUUUUGGCGUAUUAUGGCGUUUUAGGAGGGGAAGGAUGCCGAGCACAGGUUGUCUGGUUUACGUGAAGGCAUUUAGACAUUUGCAGAGAUGGCGUUUUCGUUUCCCCUAUCCAUGGCAUCAUCCGGCAUUUGAGACUACGGUCUUCUCUUCGCAUCGUAUUGCGGGUUUUUGAUACCCUUCCAUUUGUGGACGACACCUUUUUCUAUUCUUUUGCCCUAUUAAUGAGAUCGAUAUAAACACAGCCGCCAGGAUUGCUGAGAUAACCUAGAGAGGGCAUGCUGAUGAUGGAGAAACGAGGUUUACAUGAAACGCCAGGUCGAUAAGUCAACGACAAGUUACAUACUCAUGUGUAUAGCAUAACAGGCCUCGGCAACCGAACGUUUAAUACCACAAAUAAUGAUGUUAAGAUGUCUUGCUGCGUGAUUUGUGAG